CGCUUCAGAGGCGACGCGAGAUGGCGGCAGCGACGGCGACCUCAGGAGCUGGUCGCUGUCGGCUAAGCAAGAUAGGAGCUAGUCGUCGCCCACCUCCAGCUCGCCUAAGGGUGGCUGUGCGACUGCGGCCAUUUGUGGAUAGAACAGCUGGAACAAGCGAUCCCCCCUGUGUGCGGGGCAUGGACAGCUGCUCUCUAGAGAUUGCUAACUGGAGGAACCACCAGGAGACUCUCAAAUACCAGUUUGAUGCCUUCUAUGGGGAGAGGAGUACUCAGCAGGACAUCUACACAGGUUCAGUGCAGCCCAUCCUAAGGCACUUGCUAGAAGGACAGAAUGCCAGUGUGCUUGCCUAUGGACCCACAGGAGCUAGGAAGACACACACAAUGCUGGGCAGCCCGGAGCAACCUGGGGUGAUCCCACGGGCUCUCAUGGACCUCCUGCAGCUCACAAGGGAGGAGGGCACCGAGGGCCGGCCAUGGGCCCUGUCUGUCACCAUGUCCUACUUAGAGAUCUACCAGGAGAAGGUAUUAGACCUCCUGGACCCUGCAUCAGGAGACCUGGUGAUCCGAGAAGACUGCCGGGGGAACAUCCUGAUUCCGGGCCUCACGCAGAAGCCCAUCACUAGCUUUGCUGAUUUUGAGCGGCACUUCCUGCCAGCCAGUCGAAACCGGACUGUAGGUGCCACCCGGCUCAACCAGCGCUCCUCCCGCAGUCACGCUGUGCUCCUGGUCAAGGUGGACCAGCGGGAACGUUUGACCCCAUUUCGCCAGCGAGAGGGAAAACUCUACCUCAUUGACUUGGCUGGGUCAGAGGACAACCGUCGCACAGGCAACAAGGGCCUUCGGCUAAAAGAGAGCGGAGCCAUCAACACCUCCCUGUUUGUCCUGGGCAAGGUGGUGGAUGCGCUGAAUCCGGGCCUUCCUCGUGUACCUUACCAAGAUAGCAAGCUCACUCGCCUACUGCAGGACUCUCUGGGUGGCUCAGCUCACAGCAUCCUUAUUGCCAACAUUGCCCCUGAGAGACGCUUCUACCUAGACACCGUCUCCACACUCAACUUCGCUGCCAGGUCUAAGGAGGUGAUCAACCGGCCUUUUACCAAUGAAAGCCUGCAGCCUCCCGUCUUGGCACCUGUUAAGCUGUCUCAGAAAGAAUUCCUUGGUUCACCAGAGGCAAAGAGAGCCCGAGGCCCUGAGGAAGAGGAGAUUGGGAGCCCUGAGCCCAUGGCAGCUCCAGCCUCUGCCUCACAGAAACUCAGCCCCCUACAGAAGCUAAGCAGCAUGGACCCGGCCAUGCUGGAGCGCCUCCUGAGCUUGGACCAUCUGCUGGCCUCCCAGGGGAGCCAGGGGGUCCCUCUGUUGAGUACCCCAAAGCGAGAGCGGAUGGUGCUCAUGAAGACAGUGGAAGAGAAGGACUUGGAGAUUGAGAGGCUUAAGAUGAAGCAAAAAGAACUGGAGGCCAAGAUGUUGGCCCAAAAGGCUGAAGACUCAAAGGCAAAGGAGAACCCUUAUCCCACAAUGCUCCGGCCCUCUUCGCAUCGCACAGUCACAGUGGCAAAGCCCCUGAAAAAGGCUGUGGUGAUGCCCCUACAGCUAAUUCAGGAGCAGGCAGCAUCCCCAAAUGCCGAGAUCCAUAUCCUGAAGAAUAAAGGCCGGAAGAGAAAGCUGGAGUCCCUGGAUGCCUCAGAGCCUAAGGAGAAGGCAGAGGACUGCUGGGAGCUACAGAUCAGCCCAGAGCUUUUGGCUCAUGGGCGCAAAAAAAUACUGGAUCUGCUGAAGGAAGGCUCAGCCAGGGAUCUCCGCAGUCUUCAGCGCAUUGGCCCGAAGAAGGCCCAGCUCAUCGUGGGCUGGCGGGAGCUCCACGGCCCCUUCAGCCAGGUGGAGGACCUGGAACGCAUGGAGGGCAUAACAGGGAAACAGAUGGAGUCCUUCCUGAAGGCGAACAUCCUAGGUCUCGCCGCCGGCCAGCGCUGUGACCCGUCUUGACCGCUGUUUCCUCACUCCGCCUUUUUUUUAAAUCCUUGUAUAACCCCGUGUUUGUAAAUACAGUUUUUGCUCCGGU